AUGGCACAGGUGGACCCCCAAGACAGGUGGGGCGAGGCGGCUCCUCUCUGCAGCUUGAAUGAGGAGCCUCACGAACCCCAGAGGCUGAGCAUGAACUUAGAGAGUGAAGAUGAGGAUGGUGGGGAUGCAGGAGAUGAAGGGGGCACUGGUGACCCUGAUCACCAGGCCCAUCUAAGAGGCAGCUCCCAAAUGACUCAGGACAAUCCUGACCUGCCAUGGCAGCAGCCACCCAGUGAGGCGGAAGAGAAUUUCUUUGACUCUUUUAGUGCCAGGGAUGCUGGGAAGAAACCUACGGCGAUGCCUGGGAAGAAGGCCAGCGUGGGAAGAGAUGAAUCAAAGAACCCCCAGAUCCAGGAGUCCCCUGGAGAAAGAGCGGCUCGGGGCGCCCUCCCGAGUGGCCUGUCGAACAAGUUGUUGGGUCAGAUGCAACCUCCCAGGGACUCAUUACCUGCAGGUGACAAUGGAGGCUCGACGGCAAACUUCGACGCAGGCGUGGGUGUCCCGUCCAGCGUCCUUGGUACUGGAACCUAUUGCUGUGCCCAGAGAGGUGCAGACAGGUCCCCAGACAACACCUCUCCCUUGUGUGUCCCCAAGACGGGGACCAGAAGUAAGGACCAGAGUUCUGCGAGUGCGGGCCGGCAGGGGGAGACGCCCUACAGGUGCCUGCAGAGUGGGCGGGCCUUCCGGAAGCCCAGCGACCCCCCGAGCCCCGCGCAGACGGAAGGCGCCAAGCCUUACGCGUGCGAGCUUUGCGCGAAGGCCUACUCCCACCGGGGCACACUCCAGCAGCACCGGCGCCUGCACACGGGCGAGCGGCCCUACCGAUGCCCCUUCUGCGACAAGGCCUACACCUGGUCCUCGGACCACCGCAAACACAUCCGCACCCACACUGGCGAGAAACCCUACGCGUGCCCGGACUGCGGGAAGGCCUUCGUGCGCUCCUCCGACCUCCGCAAACACCAGCGCAACAUGCACAGCAACGACAAGCCCUUCCCGUGCGCCGAGUGCGGCCUGACCUUCAACAAGCCGCUGUCGCUGCUGCGCCACCAGCGCACGCAUCUGGGCGAGAAGCCCUUCCGCUGCUCCGCCUGCGACCGCGAGUUCGCGGUGGCCAGCCGGAUGCUGGAGCACCAGCGCGUGCACUCUGGCGAGCGGCCCUUCCCCUGUCCCACCUGCGGCAAGUGCUUCACCAAGUCCUCCAACCUGAUUGAGCAUCAGACGCUGCACACCGGCCGGAGGCCCUUCAAGUGCGCGGACUGUGGCGUGGCCUUCGCGCAGCCCUCGCGCCUCGUGCGCCACCAGCGCAUCCACACCGGCGAGAGGCCCUUUCCAUGCGCGCAGUGCGGCCAGGCCUUUGCCCGCUCCUCCACCCUGAAGCGGCACCAGCAGAUCCACUCCGGGGAGAAGGGCUUCCUCUGUGCAGAAUGUGGCAGGGCCUUCCGCACCGCCUCGGAGCUGGCCCAGCACAUUCGGGUGCACAAUGGGGAGAGGCCCUACCAAUGCGAGGACUGCGGCCAGGCCUUCACCCGGUCCAAUCACCUCCAACGGCACCGAGCCAAACAUGGCACCUGCAAGAAGGAGCCCAUCCCCUCCUCUGACGAGUGA